GCGAGAAGUGUUUUCAUGGUGGUAUGGAACACUGACUAGGCCAACUGUGUUUCUGCAAUUCUGGUAGCCUACUUUGAUAGCAUCUUCAACAAAAGUUCAUGUGUGGGAAAAGUCGGAGAAUAGGCCUAUCUGCAGUUCCUUUAGAAAGGCGUGUCAGGUUUCCCUGAAAUUCUGAGGGAUAAGAGAAGAGCAGGCGCACUGUCAUGGAGGGCCAAGAGGGACCAGCUGCCAGGGAGGAGGAUAUUUUGGCUAUCAACCCGAGGGCCAUCAAUGUGGCCGAGUUUGCCGGUGCUCGCGCGGCUGAGCUCAAGACCAUGACGGAGGCCGUCAUGACCAUGGGGGGCAUGCGCAGGACUUUCCAAAAGCUGCCGCGCCAUCUGCGACGUCGGGCCAUGAGCCAUGACCUGCGACGACUGCCCAAGAGACUGCGAGAUUCUGAAGAGAGAACAAUGCAGAAAAGCAUGCACAAGAAGAAGGCUGGUCAGGGCAAAGAGGGCGGGGCAGAGGAAGACCUGCCCCCGGCGAAGCGAUCGCGCCGUCACCGUCGCCGGCCCAGUAACCUGAAGGCGGAGUACCAGCGCAGACAGGGCGGCCACGCCUGGUUGGAGACCCAUAUCUGGCAUGCCAAGAGGUUCAAGAUGGUGGGGCAGUGGGGCUACAAACUGCCCCUGCAUCCGUCAGACAAGAGCAUCAGGGCCACCUACAGGGCCAUGGCUAGACACUGCCUCCUCCAAGACGUUUCUUACCUGCGAGUUGUCGAGAUGUCUGGUCCCCAGGGAUUGACACUGAGGGCACUCUCCCGCCUCACCAGUCCAUCCACUGGUUUGACCUGUGCUGCAGCUGCUUUUCUCAGUGGUCAGCGUCACGGUGAAGCAGUCUUUUACCGAAAGGAUCAGUUCCCCCAGGGUGCGAUAGGACCCGUCCAGUUCCUCUGGAAAGCCGAAGCGACUUUGGCAGACAGUGUCCCCAAGGCAAAAGGAGAAAGCCAAGAGGGGUGCGAAGCUGGAAUGCCAGCGGCAAGCCCUGGGGGAAAGUUUGAGGAGAAAGGAGUCAGGAAGCUGUGGCUGUGGGCUCACCCAUCGUGUGCCUCAGAGUUACUCAAGGAACUCAAAGCAGCGAGCGAGGCUGAAAAUGCAAAUACUGACUCAAACAGCAGAGUCACAGUGACACAGCUCAAGGACAGUCCCCUGAGGUUCCGCUUGCAGGGCCCACUGUCGCACCCAGUGCUUCUUCACGCCCUAAAGAUGUCUGACGUGGGCAAGGCCUCCGGCCCGGAGCAACCCAGACUGUGGUGGGAAGAUUACUACGCAGACCUGCAUCAUCUGCAAGCCUGGCGGGAACAGUCAUCCACCUGGGAGACCCUUGGCGGAGUGAGGACAGCGAUGGAUCUUCCCCCACGCUGCGUUCUCGGCCUGACAGUACGAGACCCACGCAAUCUCCUUCCCAUCAAGAGAACUAAGAUCAUGACAGACCCCAAUGAGUUAGUUCCACCUGACAAAGUACCAACUGAAGUUGUACGCCAGUUCCCUAACGCAGCGCCUGUGUCUCCCCUCUGGGAAAAGUCAGUGCGAACAGCUGUCACAUCAACCCAGAUCCCCACCCACAAGCUGAACAGGAUGCGCUCUGAGAUGCUCGUCCCGGGCCAGGAGCUCAGUCUUGACCGCCAAGAGUCACGUGUUCCGAUUCUGCUCCUCCAGCAGCCGGGCAGGGAAUGCUCAGCAGCUGCAUCCCACAAGUCCAAGGGGGGCAGCUCGGCUGGCUUCGGAGGCGGCUGGGACAUCGUCCUGCCGAGUGGCUGGGGGAUGGCCUUCUGGAUUGCCCUGAUCCUGAGGGGCGCCCGCGUGGCAGGGCUUCGGGAAUUGCGCUCCUGCCACCUGCAGCAAGGGGUUCCAUUCUUCCCAGAUGUUUUCCCGGACACGGCUGCGGGAGAGGAGUGGGCAGACAAGUUAGAGCAGGAGCUGACCAAGAAGUUCAAGAGCUGGCCGCCCGCCAAGCGGCCCAACUACGGGAAGCUUGGCGUCGUCUCACCUUUUAAGUGUCCCUGGAAGAAACUUCUCAAAGAAUGGAGGGAUAUCAAGAAGUCAGAAGAAGAAGAGGAGGAAGAUAUUGCUGUCGAGCCUAAUGCAACAGAAGCAAUCAAGCAGGCAGCCAGUGACAUAGGUGCAUCCUCUGAGGAAAAGAACCUGCACCCUGAAGAAGAUGAGAACCAAACCUUCUUUGUCCUACGAGAUAGAACCAAACUGGAAAAACUCAGUGAGUCUUUAGGAGCUAACCUUAGGCCCCUGAAAAUGUCUAUAGCCUCUACGAGGACCAAGCCGAGUGUUUCCUUUGGAGCACCCAUAGCAGGCAUUCUUAAAGAUAUUGCUGGUGUCAAAAUGCACACUACGGAGGCUGCUAAUGGACACGCUGCCAGUCAGGCAUCAAGUGCACAGAGUAAAGAUGCCAAAACAGGCCAUCAUAUGGAGAUAAACAGGGUUGCUGCUGACCUGAUUCAAGAUGCAGACAGAGUUCUUGUUGGUGUGAGGCUGAGCAUGGCCAACCGUGGAGUGCCUCGGCAGUUUGCGAUGAUUUGCCUGCCGAGCGAGGAAGAUUUCGCAUCAUUCAAAUCUGACCAGAGGUUCUGUCCCCGUGAACCCAUCCACAGAGAGUUCAAGCUCCCAAAGACGCCCAAAAAGAAGAAAAACAAGAAGAAAAAGGGCCAGUCAGUGGAUGACAAUCCCAGAGAUGGGAGCAGUGAUGAAGUCCGCGUGAAAGAUGAAGUGGCCUCCAAUGUGAAACUUUUCAAGUCUUGCCGUCGUCAGUUGAUUGGGUUUGUCAUGGACGGAGCAAAUGCAUUCAUCUCUGGAAGUGGCCAAGCAGUGGGCUACUGUUGCAUGCUGGGAUUGCUGAGACUUAUUGAAGAGCGCCCUCAGGGCCAGACAGGAAUGGUCCUCGUCCGGGAUACAAAAGCAGUCCAGUAUCGAUUUGCUUUUUUGGAUGUUAUAUAGGAUUCAUACCUGGACCUGUUGGUAUUU